GCCACAGCUGGCACUCCGCCUCUAGAGCACCGGCCCUGGCACCCACUAUGGCAAAGGAAGUGCAAGCCCAGCUCUCCCCGUUGAAAGGGGGGCAUCCUCCUGCAGUAAAAGCUGGAGGAAAGCGAAUUUCCAAAAAACAAGAAAUUGGCAUCUUGGAGAGACACACCAAGAAAACAGGAUUAGAGAAAACAAGUGCCAUUGCAAAUGUUACCAAAAUACAGACGAUGGAUGCCCUGAAUGACACACUGGAGAAGCUCAGCCAUAAAUUUCCAGCAAUAGUGCACAUGGCACAUCAAAAACCCAGACCUGCUCUGGAGAAGGUCACUCCACUGAAAAGGAUCUACGUUAUUCAGCAGCCUCGAAAAUGUUAAGCUGGGACAUAAAACACAGCCAUCUAGCCAACUGCCUCGAAGGUCUGAGGGCUUAGCCAAAAGGGCCAAACUGUCCAUAGGUCUAGUGCCCUUGCUUGGUGAAUACCAAGCUUUUGUAUCUUCUCUUUUGACUUUAGAUAAUAAAGCAUCCAAACCUGGA